GGCAUGAUGUCAGUGUAGGUACGUCAUGACGUCAGGGGUAGGUGGUGGCCGGUAGCGGUGGCUGAGCCGUGUGGCCAUGCCCGCCGGCGUGCCGUGGCCCACCUACUUGAAGACGCUGACGGCCAGCCUGCUGGCCAUGUUCGCGGGUGCCGAGGUGGUGCACAGGUACUACCGGCCCGACCUUAGCAUCCCUGAAGUACCUCCUAAGCCUGGAGAACUGCAAACAGAACUGUUGGGUCUAAAAGCAAGAUCAAGCAACGUUCAGACUUCACAACAGUGAGCAGACUUUACUUACACUGUGAAAACCAGAACUGAUAAAACAUUUGUUCAGCUGCCUCAACUGCAGAAAUCCAUGUGUUAAAUAUGGUACUCUAUAAUUUUUUGUUUCCUUCCUUUAAACAGUUACAACCAGUGGUAAAGAUAAAUGUGCAGCCAAUACUGUUGUUACAAGUCAAAUCAGUUGUAUGCCAAAAUGCUUAUGAUUUCAUCUUGAUUGCAGUGUAUCCUUCAGAAUAAAAGAUGUAAACUCA